UCCAAUAUCCAGGCAGUAGGCACAAGACUGAAGACUGAAUUAAUACGAUUACCGCUGUGGCGCUGUAUUGUCAUUUGUCACUACUCACUGGGUAUCACCAUUUACCACAGACCGAUUCGUAAAAUAAACCUAACAUUCAAAUUUGACUGAGUUAUUUUGACCAGAGGUCCAACUUUUCCACUCAAUUUUCACUGAUUUAGUUGCUGUUGCACGUUACAUUUUUGAUAAUAUUAUCGAGAUGUCAAGUUAUGAAAAUAAUGAAAGUUGGAUACAUAACAAUAAAGACAAUAGUAAUAUCAGUAUAAACAUCAAACAACACAUUAAAAAUGGUCUUCAUAGAGCAAAGUACACUUUUUCUGAUGAUCCUACUGAUAUUAUUGAUCUGAAUAUCCAAACAUAUGAUGGUUUUGAUCAUAUAAAAGCUCUACAUGAAUAUUUAGAAGAAAUGAAUUUAGGACAAGUUGAAUUUACUGUUUUUAAAUGUAAAUCAAAAUCAAAAAUACCUGCUCACUAUGCCAAUAUUAAGCUAGGUAAUGUGUCUCUUGCUAGUUCAUUCCCAGAAAAAUAUUCUCUUCCUGAAGUUGCUCAACAGGUAGCUGCACGUAAAGCAUUAUCUGUACUGAAGAAGACUCAUAGUUAUAAAAAUAUUCCCAUUACUCAAGAUAUGUCUAUUGUUGCUGAAAGAUUGGAAAAGGAAUUACAAAAAAAUUAUGCUGGACUUUUCUGUGAUAAAGUAGAAAAUAUUUACAAAGAAGUAUAUAGUGAACAAUUGCCUUCAGAUUGGUUGAUUCUACUUGGUCGGUUAAACACAAAUAUUGUAAUUGAAGAUUUACCUAAUCAGAACAAAUCCAUUUUAUACUAUGAUGCUUCUCCUGUUGAUAAAAAAAAACAUAAAGAGUUAUUGGAUAUUCCCACGACUGAAUCUUCUGAGAACUUAUUUGUUAUGAAAUUGGUUGAUAAAACUGAAAGAAGCGUAACUGUGACUAGUUUAGACAGUAAUAACAACAUUUGGGUUCUUUUUGUUCAUGACAGUAUUAAUGACGACUAUGACACAUUAUUCAAAUUAAUGAAUAUGCCAAGUGAAUCAAAACAUUUUAUUAAAAUGUUUAACAUUGAGAUAUCUGAUGUAUAUGCAGUUCAAAUACAAGAUGUGUGGUAUAGGUUUAAAGUCAGUUCAAUUGAAGAUGAUAGUAUUACUGGCAUUUUUAUUGAUCUGGGUAUAGAGUUUUGUGUUACUAAAAAUAAUGUUAUGUUUUUGCCUCCAAAGUUUCUAAAAGUAUCCUCACAAGCUAUAAAAUGUACUUUAACAUCACUGUUUUUUGCUCCUUACUUUCAAGUUGCUCAAGAAUUGUUUCAUAAAAUGUUAUUUGGAAAAGAAUUUACUUUAGUUCCAGAUAAUAUUGAAAAUGAUGUACCAUUGGUCACAUUAUAUGAUGGAAAGUGUAAUAUGAAUAAUGUGAUUAGAGAAGCCAUUAUAGAAAAAACCAAUUUUAAUAAAAUUCAUGAAAAAUGUGAAAAAGCUAUUCUCUCUUACAUUGCUAAUGGCUAUGUAUAUUUACAUCCAUCAAGUGAAACAUUAACAGUUAUGGAAUCUAUAUUAGAUUCUAUAUCAGCCUCUCGACCUCUUGACACUCUAUAUUCUAAAAAUAGCAUUUCACCUCAUAAGUUAUAUCUUGUUAAGUGCCCAGAACUUAAUUUGUGGAGUAGAGCAAUAGUUCAUGAUUUUAUAUUUACUGAUCAAAAGUUCAAAGUAUACUUUAUUGAUUAUGGUAAUUAUGGAUUUAUUGAUCAAGAUAAAUUUAUCGAUUUGCAAUCAUUUGAUUUGUUGUUGUCAACAAUUGGCCCUCAGGCUUUAAAAGUAUCUUUUCAUUUAUUUCCACCGGAGAAUCUUAUAGAUCAAUCUCGAUCCAAAGCGUUGUAUGAAAUGAUGAUUGAUAAAUCUUUGGAAAUAAACGUUAUUUCAACUAAUAGUGAUGGUAUUCAAGUGGUUGAAAUAUUUGACGCUGAUGAUCAAAAUCCAAAUCGAUUGUCUUUUAAUACUCAAUUAUAUCAAAGUGUUUAGCUGAACUUUUAAAGGAACGUUUUUACGGAAUUUAUUUGUCAGACUUACUCAUAACUAAUAAGUAAAGUAUUUAUUAAUUUGUAAUA